ACCGGUAUAAUGUGGGAUAUAGGAAAGAGCUGGGUCUUUCUGUCGGAUUUGAGAAUGUUUGGCGAAUCUGCUUGGCACUGUUGAUCCGGACGAAGAUCGGGGCUGAAGGUUUGCUUUUAGAGUUCCACUGAUAGUCUGCAGGCACUAAAAAAGAAAGUCCAAGUUCAUUUAAAGCUUUCUAGAGGGAUUCUUCUUCUUCUUCUUGUAUUGGAAACACCUUUGGGGGACAGUUUAUUCCUCCGGGAGAUCAAUUAAUAGUAUAUUUUCCUGUUAAAGAAGAAACAAGCAGUGGCUCCCUAGACUUAGUGUUGGUCUGUUUCUCGCUCAGCAUACUCAAACUUGGGAGACAAUCGUACUGCUAAUGCAUACUUUUUGAAAAUGGCGUUAAUGAGGUGAUUGGGAAGACUAGAAACUUCCUUUUGUGAGGCCCGUAUUUUAGGCCAAUUGAAGUUGGCCCGUGCUACUUGAAGUUUGGCGAGUAAUCAGGAUACUUCAUAGCUCAAAAUGGCAGAAAAUGUAGAAAUAAGGUCAUUGGCCUUGACUCCAACAUGGUCUGUUGCCACUGUGUUAACAAUCUUUGUUCUUGUUUCUUUCCUUGUGGAGCGCUCCAUUCACCACUUAAGCAAGUGGCUACAGAAAACUAAUCGAAAACCCUUACUCGCAGCUUUGGAGAAGAUGAAAGAAGAGUUGAUGCUUCUUGGAUUUAUAUCACUCCUAUUAACGGCUACCUCAACAAUGAUAGCUAAUAUCUGCAUCCCAUCAAAGUUCUACAGUAGUACUUUUGCUCCAUGCACUAGAUCUGAGGUUGAUGAAGAAAUGGAAAAGAAUGAACCAAAAGAACGUAUGUUGUUGAUGGCUUCUACUUAUCCACACCUGGUCAGAAGGAUGUUGAAUGACAUGAAUCAAAACUCCUGCAAAGAGGGUCAUGAACCAUUUGUUUCAUAUGAAGGACUAGAGCAACUGCACCGAUUCAUUUUUGUGAUGGCAGUCACGCAUGUAUCUUACAGUUGCUUAACAAUGUUAUUGGCAAUUGUGAAGAUUCACAGUUGGAGGACAUGGGAGGAGGAGGCUCACAUGGAACGCCACGAGUCAUUAGCUGAGAUGACAAGAAAGUUGACAUUGCGAAGGCAAUCAACAUUUGUCAAAUUUCACACAUCAAAUCUGUUGGUCAGAAACAGCUGUAUGGUCUGGGUGACAUGUUUUUUCCGACAAUUUGGACGUUCUGUGGUUCGAGCUGAUUAUCUUGCACUCCGCAAAGGCUUCAUUGAGAAUCAUAACCUCACUUCAAAUUACGAUUUCCACAGUUACAUGAUUCGAUCUAUGGAAGAGGAAUUCCAAAAGAUCGUUGGUGUGAGUGUUCCACUCUGGGGAUUUGUCGUUGCUUUCAUGCUUUUUGAUGUCAACGGAUCUAAUCUCUAUUUCUGGAUAGCAAUUAUUCCUAUUUCUCUUGUGCUGUUGGUGGGAGCAAAGCUGCAGCAUGUUAUUGCAACCCUGGCAUUAGAGAAUGAAGGAAUAACUGGUUCCUUCUCAGAGGCGAAGUUGAAGCCUCGCGAUGAACUUUUCUGGUUCAAUAAACCCGAACUAUUGUUGUCCUUAAUCCAUUUCAUUCUUUUCCAGAACGCAUUUGAGCUGGCUUCAUUCUUUUGGUUCUGGUGGCAGUUUGGUUACCGUUCCUGCUUUAUUAGGAAUCACCUCCUUGUGUAUUUAAGGCUAAUCUUGGGGUUUGCUGGGCAGUUUCUCUGUAGCUACAGCACCUUGCCACUCUAUGCACUUGCCACACAGAUGGGAACAAACUAUAAGGCUGCAUUAAUUCCACAGAAAAUAAGGGAGACAAUUCAUGGAUGGGGGAAACAAGCCAGGAGAAAGAGAAAACAUGGUUUCUUCCCUGAUGAUUCCGCCGCGCAUACAGACACAAGCACUGUGUUGUCUAUCGAAGAAGACGACGACAACCGAUCGGUUGAAGCACUCCCGGCUGCCAUGGAAUUACAACCAGUAACUGCUGCUGCAUCUCCUCCAUCAGCUGUUGCAAAUGAAACUUCAAGCAGGGCAGCCACGCCCCUCCUACGCCCCUCUGCUUCAGUUUCUACAUCAGCUUCAUGCUUUAGUUUUAGAAUAGGAUCAAUUUCAAGAUCCUCUUCUUUGCCCUCUGGAAGAAAUAGAAAAUUAAGGCCUGCUUUGCCUAGGUAAGAUAGAAAUUGGACGUAGCAAUGAUGAAGUUGGAUUUUGUAUGAUUAGAUGUUACAGUUGACUACUCUUGAUAAAUAAAUAUAUAUUCUAGUCAUAGGAAACUGCAUUACUCAUUUCACUACACUAUCCAUUAUCUAUUGUAAAUGAGGCUUCCAAUGAUAGGGCUGCCAUGCCACUCCU